AUGAGCUCGAGCACGGAGCAAGCGGCUGACAUCAGGACCAUGCAGCCUGAAGAUUGCUUGGACGACAACCUUGCCUACUUCUGGCGCAAGCCUCCCGAGGGUCAGCCAUUCUUCAAGGGAAGAAACUUUGUGCUAUGGAACGGCUGGUUUGUUUUCGGCCCGCUGGAUGGGAUCAGGACCGUUGGCUUCACAUUUAUCCUGAUCGCCGUGCCCAGCGCACUCUUCCUGGCUUAUCCUGCAAGAGCUCUGAUCUACUUGCUAUCUCCGAGCAUGAUCGUCAUAGGAGCUGUUCUUGUUUUCGUCACUCUUGCUCUCCUUGUCCUUACGGCCACCACAGAUCCUGGCAUACUUCCCCGCUUUCAUCCCCCUCAGCUCGGCCCAGAUACCAUCUUGCCCCUUGUACAGAAGUUUGAAGUGAAUGGGGGCUUGCAAAAGCUCAAGCUCUGCUCGACGUGUCAAAUCUACAGGCGAGGAGGACAAGGGUGUUUUGUGAUUCUUUCCUUCUACGUGCUUGCAUGCAGCUUGCUGCAUGUGAUCUUGGCAAAGAAUUACAAUGGGAACGGAAAGUUUGAGUUCAAACGAGAUGUCAGCGAGUACUCCAUCUCCUUCUUCCUGAUGCUCUACUCUUUCAUCAUCGGCCUGACUGUUGGAAGCCUGGCGCUGUUCCACACGUGCCUGCUCUUCCAGAAGAAGACAACGAGGGAAUAUAUCCUCAACAUCAGCGGGGAGGAUGUAAACUAUGCAAACAGAAAUACUUGUAGCCAGUUCCUCUGCGGAAAGGAAAACUUCAGCUUCAUGAAGACCAUCCUCAGGAGGAACGAUGAAGAUAUCGCGGACUUCGUGAAAGCAGCUGAGGGUCCGACGGAGGAGGAGUGGAAUACGGCAUCUACCCCGACCGAAAAUUCUCAGCUCAUGAGGAGAGCGAGCAGCGCAGCGGUCGACUCUGUCUGCACGCCAAGGGACGAGGAGGAGGUGGACGAGGAAGAAGACGGGAGAGAGGUAGGACUCGAGGUAGCGUUGCAGGUGGAUGAAGGGUCGGAUGUUCGUAUCGCCACGACGGAACAGCCCAACAAGAAAGUAUCCGAUCUAGAAUCCGCGCAACCGAGGUAG